AGAGUUCAAGAACGAUGCUCGUCAGACUCAGGAUUUGUAGUUCACGUUGUUGAUUAGCAGGUCGUUAGUAUCCAUGUCGAUCUGAAAAUGGCGGAUAGAACGGGCAGUUCUGCUCGAAGGGUAUCGGGUGGGAACCCGUUUCUGUCUGGUCCCGGUGUUUCACCCUGUGAAACAAGGCAGGAUGACUGCUCUACCGAGCCUCCUCGUAAGAGCAUCAAGGCUUUAACGCAGAUAUUUUCCAGCGGUUCGGCAUCAUCUUCGUUUGUAGCUUCAGCAGCACCGUCACCAACGAAAGUAGUACAACAAGGGAGCGUCGAGAGCAAGAGUAACAAGUUGCCGGUGUGCUUGUCUUUAUGGUAGAUUGCGUGUAAUUGUAAUUUAUUUUGUUUGUAGUUGCGAGUAUCUUUAUUAUGUUCUUUGUUGUUGUCAUAGUCUUAGUCGCAUAACUUGUAUCAUCACAGCUCUAAUCUCUGCUCAAAAGUCAUUCGGUGUCGUGAAUCCAGACGCACUCGAAACGAAAAAGAGCAGUCCUGCGAAUUUCCGUACCAGAGCAGGCGGUGGCUCACCUCUCAAACCCUACCUUUCACCUGUGAGAACCAGUCCGAAUAAGGGACCAUCUGCAGGAGCAAGUAGUCCAAGUAAGGCUAAUGCCACAUCAGCUACGACGCCGAGCAAGGUGACGGUAACGAAAGGUCCUCCGAGACGGAAAUGCGUAUCAAUUGUGGCGAAUCAAUCUCUACUUGGUACUAUAGGAGGCCAAAAACAAGCAUGCCAAUCUGCAGCCGCAGCAAGCGGUCCUACCCCCAGCGCAUUCGAACACACCACGACGACCACGCAGAACAAUAUAAACAAGAAAACCGAUGGUGGACCAUCCUCUCCUACUCCUAGCGCUGCUGCAGCGAGAGGUGGCCCAGUGUUUUUGCCAAGUGUCGAACUUGGUAAGACGACGUCGCCACGCACAGCAAGUCGGAGUCCCAGUCAGGAGGGGUCGUCGGAGAAGCCUAAUGAUGCUUCUUCGAGCUUGUUGACGCCAGAACGGCAGAGGACGCCCCAAAAACAAUUAGGAGGAGAGAAUGCCGCGUUCGAGCGAGUACAUGAUAUCCCGACGCCAAAAAUGCGGCCUCUGAUGACAAGGAGGACAUCAGAGACCGAAGAAAAGACUUCUACC